GGCGGGAGGAAGAAACAGACUCCCGGGCGGGGGGGUCGAGAUUCCGUCUUGUCACGAAUAAACACAAAAUAAAAACUAUUUAUUUGUCAAAAUUGUAUUUUUUUUCGUGUUUUAUAGCCAGUCACUUUCGUUUUGAGUCGGAACAUCCGUAGUUAUUUAACCGUGAACUCCCCAGUUCGAACGCUCAGUCUCACCACACCCCCGCCUGUUUCCUCGGAAUGGUUCGCUCCGCCGCUGCGGUCCUGUCUCCCCGGCAGCCUCUUCCCCCGCAGGAUUUCCGACAUCAUCGAAUCUUUCCUGCGCGUCUCUCUCCAGGUUUCCGUCGUUAGCGGCUCUGAAAUGAACGAACCGAGUCGGGUUCGGAGGCGGACACUCUCGAGGGAGUCGGAGGUUUGUCCCCGCUCCGGCUGAACGCCCGUGCGGAGGCCGGAGGAUCGUCACGGCUGCCCGGACGGGGAUGAACCUGUGGCGGGGCGGCUCGCGUGUCACUGGCAGCCUGUUAAUGUGGCGGUACCCGGGCAGGCGCGUGCGUUGGUGUUGGGGGAUACGGCACACAGCGGUUCAUUAACAGAGAUGGGAUAUUAAAGAGACAGAGACUGCAUCUGAUUAAAGAGACAAGCCCUCUGCGCCAUAUUCCUGAUGCACCUGCACGUCCAGCCGAAGUGGUGAACCUUAACUCAUAAUGUGACAUUCUCAGUGUCUGUUUUUACCUCAAGCUUUUCUGCCCUGCCAUACUCCACAACUAUAUAUAUUUUUUCUACCUGAAUCCAUUUGGACUUUCUUCCAUGUUUGGAAAGAUUGUUUUCUAUUUAAACCAGGAUCCAUUCUCCUGCCUAACUACACAAUCCAGCAGUUAAAGGUCUGUAGGAUGCUGGAUCUGAAGAUGAAGGAGGCUUGUCGCAUCUGUGGACGGGAGCUCUGUGGGAACCAAAGGCGGUGGAUCUUCCACCCCGCUGCCAAACUCAACCUACAGGUGCUGCUGUCUCACGCCCUGGGUCGAGAGCUAACUCGAGACGGCAAGGGAGAGUUCGCCUGCUCCAAGUGCACCUUCAUGCUGGACCGCAUGUACCGCUUCGACACAGUCAUCGCCCGAGUGGAGGCCCUGUCCAUCGAGAGGUUACAGCGGCUCCUGCACGAGAAACACCGACUCAGGCAGUGCAUCAGUGGGCUGUACCGCAAAACAAACUCUGAUGAGGGGGCUUUAACGUUAACCGGCGAAGGAUCGGGAGAUGGGAUGGUGGAUAUUUCAGGUCUAGCCCAUGCCAAGUACUGUGCCCUGCUCCAGGAGGAUUUGGUCUACUCUUUGUACGAGUCCUGGGCCGAUGACGGCGUGGAGUGCCACCAUCACCACCGCCCUCAGAGUUCUGCCGGUCCUGACUCGGAGGCUGCGGGUGCGAGCUCUCACCGCUGCACG